AUUUUCGAAAUCGAUCUCUAGUAACCAGCCAAAAAUCAAAUUAUCAUUUUUUCCAAUUUUUAAUACGCGCCUUUUUCAUUUUUCAAUUUAAAAAGUUGAGUUUAUAAUGAAGCCAAUACCAAGUCUACAGCAAAUGAUGACAUGGCUUUGUCUCUUGCCUCCGGAUAAUUAUACAAGUGUUUGGAAGAAACGGGCAUACAUUGGAUUUUCUGUAGUUUUGAUUUUGAUGCAGAUUAUUACUAUGAUUGCAUCGGUUGCCUUUAUAUUAAAAAAUCGAAUCAAUAAUUACGAAGAAACCUUAUUUGCAUAUUGUUUAGUUUUCUAUACGUUGGCCAAAAUAUACACCGCGUUGGUUGCAUUUUAUGUGCGACAUGGAAUAUCUAUUGUUGUGUCAAAUUUAACGAAAAUCUAUGACACAGACAAAGAUGAAGAUUCAUUUCAAUUUUUGGAACGAGCAAAUGACAAAUGUGAAUGGUUAUUGAAGUUUUAUUUCACACGGGUGUUCUCAAUUCAAUGGUUUUUUCAUCUUUUAACUGGUAUUGGCUCAUUGUUGUUUUGUAUGUAUUUGGAUGGAGAGCUAAAUAGAGAUCAUUUAUAUGAGCCAUUUCAUUUUGUUCUACCCUGGAAUCAAACGACACCACUUGGAUAUUGUGGUCAACUCUCCGUGACCCUUCUCUAUUUUAUUUCUUAUUUCACUUUAAACGGUGCCUUUUUCUUGAUAUUUAUUUCGAUGUGUUUUCAUCAUGAAGCAUUUUAUGAAAUGUUUCAACAUAAGCUACGCAAAUUAAAUCAUCCCGAUGAGAAUGGCAAUAAGAAAAAGUUACUUUGCAAAAUUAUUCAGUUCCAAAUUUCGAUUAGAAAUUGGUUUUUAUAUUCGUCUGAGGUCUAUGCAUUUGUCAUUAUGAUCGAACUAAUUCAUAAUAUGUUGGGAAUGGCAAUUAUGGUUUUUGAUGUGGAGAUGCAAGCAAAACAUUUUAAUAUUGAUGGUAUUUUUUUCACCACGGGAUUGUCCAUUUGCAUUGGGAAUUUGUUUUUGUCUUGCUAUUUUGGAAAAUUAGCUUCCAAUAGCUAUGAGAAAAUGGCAGAUUGUCUUUAUCAUGAUUGCAAUUGGAUUGAGUUACCUAAUGAUCUUAAAAAGUCCAUUAUUCUUAUGAUUCAAAUGUCUCAAAAACCCAUUUUCUACCAUGGAUUCGGUAUCGUUGAGCUUAAUUUGGAAACGUUCACUAAAUUUAUAAAGACCACCUGCAGCUAUUAUAUGAUUUUGAAAACUUUGAAUGACGAAUAAUUUACAAAAUUGCUUCUGUUAAAAUCAGCAACAUUGCGAUGCACCCUUUGCACCUACUAAUGAUUUCACAUUGCAUUGAAAACUAAUAGUUCCAGAAAUGAAGAAUUUUUUUUUGUUUUCAACUUUUGCGAAAGUGAAACCUUUUUUGUUCUUCACUAUUUCUGACACAAAAUUUGUACUGGAUUUUGCACUUUUUGUUACUGUACUUCACAAUAGCAAUUUCUGGCUGCGGCAUUGUUUUUUGAAUUACAUAAGACUUUCUUUCUGAUAUAUUUAAUUAUGUAAUGUGAAAGUAAGCCAAAUAAGCCUUUUUCUUGCUCACAACUAAUUUAUAUAACAUAAAUUCCAUCGGAAUAUUUCGGAGAAAACCUACUCGAAAACAGAAAAUGAUUGUAUAGUCAUUUCCAAAAAGAUCUGUGUUGUCAAACUAAUACAAUGAAUUUCGGAACGCAUUACCAUUCGAAAGUACACGAGGCUCCUUAGUUAAACGUGUCAAUUUGGUUUGAAUUUUGUUGAGGGUAUGUUGUUUGUUCAAAAUUUUGACAGUUCGCUGUAACAGAUCUUAUUGAAAACGACUAUACAUUAUAUAGAAUAGCUUUUUGGGAAGUGCGGAACAUAGCAGCACAAUUUUCAUAGCUCCGAUU